AUGGAAACUUGUUUACCGUCGCAUCAAUUAUUUUAUAGUUCGUUGACUCGCGAGGUCGUAUCUGAAAGUGAUUAUCGUCAUGCGUUAGAUGUGUGCCAACGUUUUAACAUUCGGACUAUUGGAGAGUAUAGUGAUUUGUAUCUCAAAACUGAUGUAUUGCUUUUAGCUGAUGUAUUUGAGAAUUUUCGCGAGACUUGUUUGGAUAGUUACGGAUUGGAUCCAGCUCAUUAUUACACAUUACCAGGCUAUACGUGGGACGCCAUGCUAAAAUAUACUGGUAUACGAUUUGAAUUGCUGACUGAUAUUGAUAUGUUGUUAUUUGUGGAACGUGGUGUGCGUGGAGGAUUGAUUCAGUGUUCGAACAGGUAUGCAAAAGUUAAUAACAGAUAUGCGCCGAUAUAUGAACCAAAUUUACCGUCAACGAAUUUAAUGUAUUACGAUAUAAAUAAUCUUUACGGAUGGGCGAUGAGUGAACCUCUACCGUAUACUGAUUUUAAAUGGAUUGAUGUUGACCGGUUUAAGCUAGAAUCAGUGACUCGCGAAUCGGAUGUUGAAUAUAUUCUCGAGGUCGAUCUUGGGUAUCCGGAAGAAAUUCACGACAGUCACAAGGAUCUUCCGUUUUGCCCGACGCGAGAGAAGCCUGGUAGGAAGGUUGACAAACUUCUUGCUACUCUUUACGACAAAGAGCGUUACGUAAUUCAUUACCGUAAUUUACAGCAAUGUUUAGAGCACGGUAUGGUAUUGAAAAAGAUCUACCGAAUUUUAGGAUUUCGUCAAUCAACGUGGUUGCGUGGAUAUAUUGAUCUUAAUACGGCAUUGAGAACUCGUGCGGUUAAUGAUUUUGAAAGAAAUUUGUACAAAUUGAUGAAUAACGCGGUGUUUGGGAAAACAAUGGAAAAUGUGCGUAAUCGUGUUGAUGUUCGUCUUCUUACUCGUUGGGAUGGGCGAUUUGGUGCAGAGGCGUUGAUAUCAAAGCCCAAUUUCCAUAGUAGAAGUGUAUUUUUCAAGGACUUAAUGACUGUUGAGUUACGGAGGCUUGAAGUGAAAAUGUAUAAACCAAUAUAUGUAGGAAUGUGUAUUUCAGAUAUAUCUAAGAUACGUCUAUACGAAUUUCACUAUAAUUACAUGUUGUCUACUUAUGCUGAUAAAUCUAAACUUAUGUAUACUGAUAGUUUGUUAUAUCAUGUGGAAUGUGACGAUAUCUAUGAGAACAUAAAACGUGAUAUCGCGAGGUUUGAUACAAGCGAUUACCCUCGAGGUAAUGUGUAUGGAAUGCCGCGCGUUAAUAAAAAGGUGCCCGGGUUGAUGAAAGACGAAAAUGCUGGUUCGAUCAUAAGUGAAUUUGUAGGAUUAAGAGCAAAGAUGUAUGCUUUGCGAGUGAUUGGCAAAAAUGGUACGAAAAAAAUUAAGGGUGUUAAGAAAAAUCUAGUUGCGAAAUGUAUAACUUUCGAGGAUUAUGUGCGAUGUUUGAACGAUACGGAAGAAGUGACGCGAGAUCAAACGUGUAUACGGUCUGCGUUGCACGAGGUGUAUACGGUGCAAGAAAUUAGCUUUAAGUCCAUAUGA